AUGUCACAGAUAAUUGUAAAUGGUGCAAAUACUGCAAAUGUUGCAAGUACUAACAGCAAUGAGGAAAAUGAACCUUACCAAAUCAGCGACGAUGACCUCGAUGACCUGGACGACGACUGUCUGCUGGAGGAGGCCGAGUUGCCCGGGGGCGUCAAUAGCAUUGGACGCGGUCCUUACGAGCGUGCCUGGACGACGGAGGCGACUCGGGCCCUCAUCCACAUCCGGGGUCCCAUGGAGGGCAGCUUUACCGAGGGCAGGCAAAAGAGAACGGCGCUGUGGCUGCACUGCACCCGCCAGCUGCAACGUCUGGGAUUCCGUUACAGUGCUGCCAAGGUGCAAAAGAAAUGGCACAACAUACUCAUCACAUACAACAAGAAUCUGAACAAGAAAUAUGUAUCGGGUUAUGUGCACUGGGAAUUCUUCGAGGAGAUGUUCAAGUACUUGCAGGGUAAGAAGGCGGACUUUGACAUGCAGUUGCAACCGACGACGACGCAGCCACAACAGCAACCAUUGCAACCGCAGCAACUACAACAACCACCACAGCAACCACAACCACAACAACAACAGCAACCGCUGCAAACACAACAAGAACUUAAUCAAUUUCAAACGAAGCCAGCAACGCCGCAGUUGCAGUUGCAGGUGCAAACAGGUGCAUUGCAAGCAGCACAAGAUCAGGAUCGAGCGGAUCAACCGUAUAUAACACCGGUGGAUCAGGUGUUGUUGCAGCCACAGGUUCAACUGGACACCAAGUCGAACGAUGAAUUCGACGAGGACAGCAACAGUUUGUCGGAGGUGCGACAGCCCAAAUUGGAGUACGAUCCCGAUCCCGACCAGACUGGAAGCACAACGCAGGAACAUAACGACAGCAACCAGAUGAUAACAAUGCCACCAAAUGGCAAAUUAUUUGAACAAACGCAAUCCCAAUCUCAAUGCCAGUUGGAUGAUUCCUGGUGGAAGGAAUAUUUUGAUCGCAAGCUGGAUGUGGAGCGUGAGAAAAUGGAACUGCAACGCAGCUUGCAACGCGAACAGGUGCAAAUCCAGAAAAUGUCCUUGGUGCAACAGGAGCGCAUCGAACGCAUGAAGAUCGAUGCAAUCAACAGCUUAACAGCCACCUUGCAGAAGCUCGUUGAGGCCAAGUGCCGACGCGCCUAAAACCAACAAGGAUUGGCGUAAAUCCUAGCGGUAUUUGCAGUAUUCCUUAAGCUCCAUCCAUAUCCUAUAUAUACUACUAGCUAUGUUGUGUCAAAAUUUCAAGCUCGCACGUCUAACGGUUCGGCCUGUACAUUGUCCAGUCAGUCAGUCAGUCAGGUCAAAGAGUCUUUUAUAUAUAAAUAUAUUUGAUGUGUAAUCUGUGUUUUUGUGUAAAUACCAUUUAGGCCAAUAUGUGAAAAGCAAUAAUUUUCAUUUCAGGGACUGUGUU